UGACCGCGGAGUAAAUAAACCCUCCCUUUCUUCCACCGACACUUGGUGCAUUUCCACCCCCAGAUACAGCCUCUGCACGCCGGAUACUACACGCAGGAGAAGCCCGGUGGUGCUGCUGGUGGUGGUGGUGCUUGUGCAGAUGCCCACUGCAGACUGCAGGUUGCUCCAUCAUGGCCGGAUCAUGAGGUGUUUGACUUAUCUGCUCUUACUUCCAGAAACACUGAAAAAGUCCAAAAAGGUCGGCAAGCUUCCAGGCAGCAGGCUGCCGGUAUGUUAUGAGAUCCUGACUCUGUCUCUGACCAGCAAGAAGAAGCAGCAGCAGCAGCAGCAGCAGCAAAAGCAGCAGGAGGAGGAGGUGCAAAAGCAGCAGGAGGAGGUGCAGGAGAAGAUGGCUGCAGAGUUGUACCCCGCCGCCGCCAACACUAACAACACCAACCUGGCCAAUGGCACUACGGUAGCAGACACUGAGAAGAGCAAAGAGGUGCAGGUGUGUCAGGCGAGCAGCAGCAGCAGCGGGGCGACGACACCGACCACCCAGCAAAACAUCAACAACAACAAUGUAGACCCACCCAGCUGGCAGUGCAGCCACCCAACACUGAGAGAGAGGAAUGCCUUGAUGUUUAACAAUGAGCUGAUGGCUGAUGUCCACUUCAUUGUCGGCCCUUUGGGGGGAUCGGAGAGGGUUCCAGCACACAAGUAUGUGCUAGCCGUGGGAAGCUCCGUCUUCUGUGCCAUGUUUUAUGGCGAUCUGGCGGAGGAGGAGUCUGAGAUCCAUAUCCCAGAUGUGGAACCUGCUGCUUUUCUAAUUCUGCUGAAGUACAUGUACAGUGAUGAGAUCGACCUGGAGGCAGACACGGUGCUGGCCACCUUGUACGCUGCCAAGAAGUACAUCGUCCCUGCGCUGGCCAAGGCCUGCGUCAACUUCCUGGAAACCAGCCUGGAGGCCAAGAACGCCUGCGUGCUGCUCUCCCAGAGCCGCCUGUUCGAGGAGCCGGAGCUGACGCAGCGCUGCUGGGAGGUGAUCGACGCCCAGGCCGAGCUCGCCCUCUGCUCCGAGGGCUUCUGCGAGAUCGACCUGCAGACGCUGGAGAUCAUCCUGCGGAGGGAGACGCUCAACACGAAGGAGGUGGUGGUGUUCGACGCCGUUAUGAGCUGGGCCUCGGCCGAGUGCAAAAGACAAGGUUUGGGUCCGACCACCCGCAACAAAAGAGACGUGUUGGGGAAGGCGCUGUUCUUGGUGCGGAUCCCCAGCAUGAGUCUGGAGGAGUUUGCGGACGGGGCGGCGCAAUCCGACAUCCUGACACUGGAGGAGACGCACAAUGUGUUCCUGUGGUACACGGCGGCGAAAAAGCCCACACUGGACUUCCCUCUGGAUGCGAGGACGGGCCUGGCGCCUCAGAGGUGCCACCGCUUCCAGUCGUCGGCCUACCGGAGCAACCAGUGGCGUUACCGCGGCCGCUGCGACAGCAUUCAGUUCGCUGUGGACAAACGGAUCUUUAUCGCCGGGCUGGGACUGUACGGGUCGAGCGGAGGGAAGGCAGAGUACAGCGUGAAAAUCGAACUGAAGAGACAAGGGGUGACUCUGGCUCAGCACCUGACUAAGUUCGUAUCGGACGGGUCGAGCAGUACGUUUCCGGUGUGGUUCGAGCAUCCUGUUCAGGUGGAGCAGGACGCCUUCUACACCGUCAGCGCCGUGCUGGACGGGAACGAACUGAGCUAUUUCGGCCAGGAGGGCAUGACGGAGGUGCAGUGUGGGAAGGUGACAUUUCAAUUCCAGUGCUCCUCCGACAGCACCAACGGGACCGGAGUACAGGGAGGACAGAUCCCCGAGCUUGUGUUCUAUGCGUAAGCUGCUCCGGACUGCUGACGGGAACGUUUCUAGUUUAGCCUCGCCUCCCAGCCUUCAAAGUAAUGUAGCAUUAAAGACACUUGAGUAAUGUCACACUAAAUGGCCUGGUUAGUUCUCUGAGAGACUAUUUUAAAAAGCAAAAAGGAGCUGUUUGUUUUAUCUUAUUUAAUUUAAUGUUUUUUGGGUUGUUUUUUCUUUUUCUUUUUUUAAUUUAAAUACUUGGUUAACGUUAUUUGCUCUGAUGCCUGUGUUUUAAAGGGCUGCGGCUGCUGUAGAAACAACAUUUAAACACAGUUGAUUUGUGGUUAUGUAUCAAAAAGCUGAGCUCCAACAACUGGAACAAGUAGGGACUGCUUCAAAAAAAAAAAAAAAAAAAAUGGUGUAAUUGCAAGUCUUAUAUUAUAAUGUUGUUACUAUAGUGCAAGCAGCAACAUUACACAUUACACAAGGAGCAAACUUUAUGUAGUGUUAUGAAUCUAAAAUGCAAAAAAAAGAAAAACAGUAGAAAUCUUGUCAGAAACAGAGUUGUUUUGCACUUGAGAGGACGGCCUCGGAAACGUUGUCUUUUUUUUUGUAAAAUACAAAUUUAACUGUUAACGGCUUGAUGCUGUUAAAAAAGAAAAGAGACCUGACGUGUUCUGUACGGGAAUGCUUAUAACACCUGAUGGAAAAACAUAAAGGUUAUAAUGUGAUUGAAGCCAUGA